UAUCCGGGCCAACCGGCCGCACCCUCCUCCCUCCGUCUCUAGCCCGGGCCAAGCCGCCCUUUUCCGCUCCCCGCCGCCGCCAUGAUCUCCUCCCCGACCGGCUUCCUCCGCACGGCGCUGCCCCAGUCGCCGCUGUCCGACCGCGACUCCAGCCUGGACCUGCCGUCCAGCCAGCGGCAGCCCCGGGACCGCGACCGUGGCCGCGACUUGGACCGGAGCCUCAGGCUGCGGCGGCAGGUUCACCUCAGCCUCGUCCGCAGGAGGAGCUCGUCCGGUAGCUUGCUGCAAGCACGUACUUACUCUGAGCCCGCUGGCUACCAGACUGCACCGUUGUUCGAUUCGUUCACAGUCCCAUUGCUGGACAGCGGCUAUGGAUACUCCAAGCACCGGAGCCAGGUGGAUGGAGCUGACUCAGGGCAGAGCCACCAGGACGCCCGGUAUUCCUCAGAGACUGGCCGUUUCCUGUCCCAGGGCUUGCAGUGCCAAGCCACCAAACCGACACGCAGGAUCGAGGUUGCUGUGGACGACAGCCCGGUCUUGGUGCGCGCUCAGGGGCACAAGGAGUCCAGGUAUCGAGGUGGGAGAUCCCCUGGGAGAAUCCGGGCAAGGUCCUACGGCCAACGCAGCUCCUCCGUGGACGUGGGUCCGACAGGUUGGUGGAGCGUUUCAAGGCCCUCUUUGUGGCGGCAUCCCACGUACCAGGCAUCGGCCGUCGGCGGCUCCACCCGGCAAAUCCACUACUCCAGGUCCUGGUCCCAUCUCGCCCAGAGACAGAGCGAGCAGGCAGUGCAAGCGGCUCGGAGUGUCCGCGGCACCUUCGUUCACCGUGUAUCCACUGACUUGGUGGGCCAACUCCCCUUGGCGGGCCACCACCCCGAACCUGUGCCAUGGGCGGCCAGUGCUUACCGGAGGGUCCAGAGCUCGCCCCUGGAGGAGCAGCUCCACGCCGUCUCGGCCAGUGUCCGCAGCUCCUCACAGAGGCUGGACCGUGUGGUGAAAUACAACUGGAACCAAACCUCAGUCCAGACCAGCGCAGACAUCGAUGCAGUCACCGAGGAGUUCAUUCCAGCCGAGACCGCCGAUCUUCAGGACCAGGCCCAGACCCAGAGCCUCGGCGAUCUCUCCAGUACUCCAGAAACCCAGGAAGCACAAGUGCCAUCUAUGACUGCUUCUUGCAGCACGAGUGUCGAUGGGGAGUGGACCAUGGACACCGCCGUCGCCGCCCUGGCCCAUGACAAGAUGGAGUACGUGGUGUACGGAGCUAACUUCAUCCAACACGAGUGCUUCCAGAGGCCCGAAGCCAAGAAGGAGCUGUACGAGUUGGAUGGGAUUGAGCGGCUGAUGCAGCUGCUGAGCAACGAGGAGGUGGAGGUGCAGCGGGCAGUGUGUGGGGCCAUCCGGAACGGCGUGUUCGAGGAGAACGACAGCAAGCUGGAGGUGAGGGACCAGGGCGGGCUGCAGAAGCUGGUGCAGCUGCUGGGCCACACCAAGGACAUCGAGACAAGGAGGCAGAUUACCGGUUUAAUGUGGAACCUGUCUUCGAAUGAGCAGCUGAAGAGUGAGCUGAUCGAAGAGGCCCUGCAUCCACUCAACUCGUCGAUCAUCAUUCCGUACUCGGGCUGGCCCGACGGGGACGUCAAACCCAUGGACGUGGAUCCCGACAUCUUCUACAACACCACCGGCUGCUUGAGGAACCUGAGUUCAGCGAGUCCCGAAGGCCGGAAACAGAUGCGGGAAUGCGAGGGGUUAAUCGAUUCGCUGGUCCUCUACAUCCAGUUCACCAUCGCCAACAACCAGGAGGACGAUAAGUCGACAGAGAACUGCACAUGUGUCCUGCACAAUCUGGCCUUCCAGCUGGAGAACGAGCUGCCCAGUGCCUACACCGAGCGUCUGGGCUGGAGGAAACACCUGGGGCAGCAGAAGUCGCCCGGGUGUUUCGGAGGCCGCAGCCCCAAGCCGAAGGAGGAGGGUGUGACGGAGAAUGUGUGGGCGGAGGAGAUGAACCCACCGCAGGGCGUGGCGUGGCUGUGGCAUCGGCUGGUAGUGCGGAUGUACCUCUCCCUCAUCGCCCGCAGUACCCGCACCUGCACACAGGAGGCGUCGCUCGGAGCGCUGCAGAACCUCACGGCCAGCACCGGACCCAUGGGGACGGCCAUCACAGAGAGCAUCAGCCGGGGGGAGCGGGGGCUGCAGCAUCUCCGCCGCACGCUGCACUCCCCCAACUCCCGCGUCUGCAACGCCACCCUCUGCCUGCUGCGCAACAUGAGUCGCCACCCUGGGGUGCAAGCCGAGCUGGCGGGCACUCUGGUGCCGGACCUGGCUACGGUGCUGCCUGUGGCGGUGAACUCGGUGACGCCGGACGACACGACUGCCCUGAUCUGCCAGGUGAUGCAUGCGUUGCUGCAGGGACGGCCGCAGCUGACCCGCACCAUGGCGCAGGGACCCGCGCUGCCCAGCCUCGUGGAGCUGAGCCGCCGCGAACAGAACGCCCCCAGCAGUGCCAGCAAGGCUGCAUCCAACCUGCUCUACAACCUCUGGCUGUUCCGGGACUUGCACAGUGUGUACAAGAAGGCCGGUUUCACAAAAUCGGAUUUCAUCAACACUCGGACGACCAAGGUCUACCACUCACUGCGGGAUCGUAAGACGUCGCUCUGAGUCCAGCCGCCUCUCACUGGUCCUGAUCGAAGACCCUCCACUCUGGGCCAGUUACCCUCGGGAGAGUGAUCGGUGAAAUUCCAACAAUCCCGCUUCUUUAUCCACAUGGAAACUGCCUUGCGACACCUUGGAAGUUUCCAGAAGUCGGCCCCAUGCUCGGCCCCAUGCUCGGCCCCACAUUAUCAGACGCUCAAACAACAGUGGUGGAGUUAGAUUGCCCACUGUGGGCCGACUCUGCAGAACAUUACAGUCUGUGCAUAAUCCAUGGCUAAUCUUCAAAGAGGAAGUUAACAGGACAUAGAACACUACAGCACAAGAACAAACCCUUUAGCCCACAAUGCCAGUGCCGAACAUAAUGCCAUGACCAGCUCUCAUCUUUUUUUUUUUUUUUUUUUUUUACAAAUAUUUUUAUUAGAAGCACAUAUUAUGGUAAAGACAUUUCAUGUAUAUCAGUCGUACCUUAUUAAUAUUAAGACCAGCUCUUAUCUGCCUGCACAUCCUUUCAUAUCCUUCCAUUCCCUGCAUAUCCAUCUAACAAUCUCUUAAAUCGGCCUCAUGUUCCGGGUACCCAC